AUGUCUCGCUCAGCAUCAGUCACGACAAAACAUCCCGAGCUCCAAGAUGUCAGGGAAUCUUCUGUUCAGAAGCAUCCAGUUCGCUGGUACCGCUCAACCUUUUACAACGCCACGAUACUUGGUCUCUGCAAUUUCGCGGCACCGGGUAUAUGGGGAGCGAUGAACUCCCUCGGAGCUGGUGGGGAGGAGAAACCGUACCUCGUCAACGCGGCAAAUGCUCUGACUUUUUGCCUCAUGGUGGUGUCGUGUCUCUGCUCUCCAGUCCUCACAAAGUACAUUGGCAUCAGAGGCGCUCUCAUGUUCGGCACUCUGGGCUACGCCCCUUAUGCCGCCGGGCUCUAUACCAACAACCGCUUCGGCACAGAGUGGUUGGUGCUGUUCGGAGCUGCACUCUGCGGUAUUUCGGCUGGCGUAUUCUGGGCUGCCGAGGCCGCUAUUGCGAUGGCGUACCCUGAGCCAUACAACCGCGGAAAGGUCCUGGGGUACUGGCUCACUUACCGCCUUGGUGGACAGAUCCUGGGAGGCGCAAUCAACCUUGGCAUUAAUGUGGACCGAAACGAGGCGGGCAAGGUCAGCUAUACGGUGUACUUGGUCUUCAUCGCGCUGCAGGCGACGGGCCCCUUCGUGGCGGCGCUGCUGAACCGGCCUCGCAAAGUCGAGCGCACCGACGGCCUCAAGGUCGAGUUGGAAAUCCUCGAGCAUCCCUGGCGCGAGCUCAAGGCCACGACACGGACGUUCUUCACCAAGAGAUACCUGCUGCUGGUUCCUUUUAUUGGUCAGGCUGUGUACGCGGAGGCUGUUUUCUUCACAUAUCUCUCACUGUGGUUCAGCGUCCGGGCCCGCGCACUGGGCUCGUUCUUGUCGGGUAUUAUUGCUGUGACAUGUGGCAAUGUUCUUGGUCAUUACCUCGAUCGGACUAAGCUGUCGCUGAAGCUUCGGUCUCGAACUGCUUUCUUCGUCAUUGUUGUGCUGCAAGGCGGAUGGUGGAUUUGGGCCACAGUCCUCGUGACCAAAUUCCGACACACGAGGCCCUCGUACGACUGGACUAGCAGUGGCUUUGGCCACGCAUUUGUUCCUUUCUUGUUCUUGACCACAGGCUUCCAGAUUAACUACUUGUUCUGCUAUUUCAUGAUGGCACAGUUGGCCACAACGCCUGUCGAGAUCAUUCGGUAUGCGGCGUUGCUUCGUGGGACGGAAUCCGCCUGGCAAGCUGUCAGUUACGGGUUGAAUUCAGUCAAGAUCUUUGCCGAAGUAGGCGGAGUGUAUUUCAACUUCGGGCUAUGGGCAGCAGCGUUGCUUCCGGCGUGGUUGGUGGUGAGACACUUUGGCAACGAUGCCAUUGCAUCCACAGCCGAAGGAGAUCAGGGAUUCUCGCGUUCCGAAAGCGCGUCUGCCAACGAGCCUAUCGAGACACGUGUUGAGAAGGAGGUAUGA